AUGGCUUCCACAGUCACCUCCUCCUUCCUUUCCACCCCCAUCUUCGCCCCUCCCUCUUCAUCCCUCUUCUCUCCCAAACCCACCCAUGCCACCCCCACGCGCCGUUCUCACACCCCCCGCGCCUCCAUGUCUGCCGCGCCCCCACCGCCCUACGACUUCGCCUCCUUGAAGUUCAACCCGAUCAAGGAGUCGAUCGUGUCGCGUGAGAUGACGCGACGCUACAUGACUGACAUGGUCACGCACGCCGAUACCGAUGUCGUCGUCGUCGGCGCCGGAUCCGCCGGGCUGUCCUGCGCCUAUGAACUCAGCAAGAACCCUGCCGUCAAUGUUGCCAUUGUCGAACAGUCCGUCAGUCCCGGCGGCGGUGCGUGGCUCGGUGGCCAGCUCUUCUCCGCCAUGGUAGUGCGUAAGCCAGCGCAUCUUUUCCUUGACGAGGUUGGUGUUGAGUAUGACGAGCAAGAGAACUACGUGGUGAUCAAGCACGCUGCGUUGUUCACUUCCACCAUCAUGAGCAAGCUCUUGGCGAGGCCAAACGUGAAGCUCUUCAAUGCUGUGGCAGCUGAGGACCUGAUCGUGAAGGAUGGGAGAGUUGGUGGGGUUGUCACCAACUGGGCCUUGGUUUCCAUGAACCAUGACACUCAGUCCUGCAUGGACCCCAAUGUGAUGGAGGCUAAAGUGGUGGUGAGUUCUUGUGGCCAUGAUGGACCCUUUGGAGCCACUGGGGUGAAGAGGCUCAAGAGCAUUGGGUUGAUCGAUUCUGUGCCAGGAAUGAAGGCCCUUGACAUGAACAGGGCAGAGGAUGCCAUUGUGAGACUCACUAGGGAAAUUGUGCCUGGCAUGAUUGUUACUGGGAUGGAAGUUGCUGAGAUUGAUGGGGCUCCAAGAAUGGGUCCAACAUUUGGAGCAAUGAUGAUAUCAGGGCAGAAAGCAGCCCAUCUGGCUUUGAGAUCUUUGGGACUUCCAAAUGCUUUGGAUUCUGCAGAAAAUGUUCAUCCUGAGCUUGUCCUAGCUGCUGCUGAAUCUGUUGAAAUUGCUGAUGCUUAG